AUGAAUGAUUUCUUAAGAGAUUUCUUGAUUGGUGGAGUAUCAGCUUCUAUAUCAAAGUCAGCCGUUAUCCCUUUUUAAACGAUAAAAUUAUUAUAUGAACCCUAAGAUAGUGGUCUUUUAGGCUGCUUCAUCAGAGUUUGUAAACAAGAAGUAUAUUCUAUUUUGAAUUUAUCAAAGCCAAUUUCUGCCUUUUGGAGAGGUAGUUUGACUAUACUAACCAUGUAUGCUCCAAAUAAAGCAUUGAACUUUGCUUUUAAUGAUGUUUAUAAAACUCUUUUUUGUUCUUAUUGUAAGUAAUAAGACUCAAAAGAAUAAAAAUAUCUUUUAUUCUUAGGAAAUAUGUUAUCAGGUGGUUCAGCUGGCGGAACAUCUUUGUUGCUUAUUUAUCCACUUGAUUUUGCAAGAAAUAGGUAGGAUAUAGUUAUUUCUAAGAAGAUUGGCAGGUAAUUCAAAAGUGUGAUAGAUUGUGGUAAAAAGGUUUAUAAGUAAGAAGGCUUGCUUGCAUUAUAUAAAGGAUUCGGAAUUUAAGCUUUAGGUAUCAUAGCAUAUAGAAGUGUCUAUUUUGGUUUUUAUGACACAGCUAAGGAAACUAUCUUCAAAGAUCGAAUGAUGAGCAAUUUUGUUUCUAAAUUUAUUGUUGCUUACUCGAUCUCUUCUACUGCUGCUAUUGUAUCGUCUCCAUUGGAUACUAUCAGAAGAAGAAUGAUGAUGUAAUUAAGUAUUUUUUAAUCAAUAUUAAUUAAAAGGAAGUCCUUAACUUAAUUAUAAAAAUAGUAUUGAUUGUACAGUCUAAAUAUUUAAUAAGGAAGGGUUCAAGAGUUUUUUUAAAGGAGCAUUCAAUUAUCCCUAAAGAGUGAGCUCUUCUGCUUUGUGCUUAGUCCUUUAUGAUCAAAUAUACUAAUUUAUUGCCCUAGGAUCAAAACUUUAAGGAGGUGAUUGA